GGUGUCAACGCUUUGCUGAUUUUAUCGCCAUUUUUAUGACCUCGUCUAAACACCGUGUAAAUCUCGCUUGCGCCGUGCGCUUGGUCAAGCUAAAGAACGGAAAAUGACACGGAUCUGAUGGCGAUAAGCCGAACUCUGCACCGAGCCUCGGACUGAAAGGACAUUGUUUCCAGGAAUAAAAUGAUAAUGGUUUCCGCUUAACGAUACUUUUGCGGGGUCAUUUAUAACGCUAACAGACACGGAGUAUCAUAUACAAGUGACCUUUCUCGCUAAAGAAGCACGGCUACACGUUAUUGUUGUAUUAUGGACUGAAUUUUUUAUUCUGUAGGAAAUCCGGUUUAUUGUUUUACCUCGUCAUACAGAAUUAUAUCUUUAUCACUUCGUGCAAACGUCUUUUGAUGCGUUUCUUCAAAAUGGAUUUUAAUCUUGUGAUCGCGUUUCUUGUUUGUUUGACGGUUAAAGUAUCGGGACAAUUACCUGGUUUGCCGCCCCCUGGCAAUCUACCCAUUCCACAAAGUAUAGGAACAUUACCCCCGAUUGGGACCCCUGGGAAUGUGGUACCCCCUACUCAGAACAUGGCUUUUACUCCAGCCAAUCAACCCGCUACAUCGCCACCGUGGAUGGCUUCCGCUCAGAGUGGAGGCAAUAUUCCUACUGUGCCAACAGUACCGCCAAGCACCACUUCCGUUGUGACUUUUAUUUCCGUUUCCGGUUCCUUUCCCUCUGUGUCGAUUCCUGAUAAUGGAUAUGACGAUCAUUACGUCACAAUUAAAUCCAUGUUUGAUACCUAUUAUCCAAAUGUGCCCCCACUUCGGAGGGUGGAAAAUCGCGCUACCCUACAAAUUUUCCAGGGAAGUUCUGGUGUGGCAGGCACAGCGGUUGUGUCUGAUGAUCCAACAACCAUCUAUAUUCAAUAUAUUCUUCCGCAGCAAAAUGCGUACGCGUAUUUACCUUUUACAACUGAUUCUACAAGAAGGCUGAAAUAUCCAGAGAGACCUAUAUAUUUACCCUACCCCCAGUUAGCAGUGCGUGUCCCAGCCACUGGAGAAAUCUACCCGGUCUAUAUUCCGUUCCAACCGAAUGAAAACCGCCGAAACAGUGAGGAACCGGAAAUGUUUAUUCCAUCCAUUGUUCCUGGAAGUAACGUGCCACUUUAUGAAGCCGCAUUACCCGCGCAAACGUCGACAUUUACCACAAAUAAUCAAUUACCAAGCGAAACUUUGAAUGGUAUACAGUCCAGUCAACCGCAAGGAUCUGACCAAAACUCUCGACAAAUCCAGCGAUCAGGCGGUACACAGCAAAUCACACCCAACGCAAUAGGUCAACCGGAAAUGACCUCGUCAAAUUCAGGUCCGCAGAUGAGUAAUUUCAUGCUCCCAUUGGACGGACAGUCUCCAAAAUGGAACGACUUACGAGUAACAUGGGACCACAACGCCACAGAACCCGGUCUGAUGGGCAAUCCGUCCGCCUUCGCUCACCUACCUCUGAAGGAAUCGGACGCCAUCAUCGAUGGUUAUAUGCUACUGACGGACUGUUCUGGGUCGGCGAAUUUCGUGGGUAGGCGGUACUGGCGGAACAACGACCCCGCCCUAGUGUUGAUCUACGACUCCCAGGGGCUGAUAGCCGGCAUACAGACAGGGAUCCCGGAUAACUUGCCCAAUGGAUACCCUACCCGUAAUUUGAAACCCCGCCCAUUUGUUUUGGAGGGAAACCUUCUGUUCGUCACCGCAUACUUCAUGGAACCAUCAAAAAUCUGUUCAUCCACGCGGACCGAGGCCCAGAUGAUAUCGGAGGGGAUAGGGUCGGGCCUGUACUUCCAGAACGGUCCCAACCCCCUCACGGACGCCGUGCCGGUGCCGUCAGACGAGUCCACGAUACAACAGACGCUGUGGGGACAGGGAAAGUGUGUGCCCAGACUAGGACACCAGUACCAGUACAAUGUACGUAAGGACAUGUACUGUGAAGAGUUAGCCCCCUUACAUCUGAUGUACGAUAGGGGCCACUUGGUGGCGUUCGCCUGGUUCUUUGUGUCAGACAUACAGUCGCCCGUCUUCGAGAAAAUUCCACAGACAAUGUAUUCGAGGAUGUUCCAGACGGUGCCAGAUUGUUUAUAUACCAUGGGACAAGUGACGUCACUACACAUAUUUCUGACGGAUCAAUACAAUGAAAUUACAUGCUCGGCGAAAUAAACAAAAAUCUGCACAA